AUGGCCCCUAAGACUGCCGACCCGAAGAGUGCAGUCUUUGAGCGAGUGAGAAUGGAGCCACUGCCGGAGCACAUGUAUGAGGAGGUGAUUGAUAUGGCCGCUCUGAGUGAUCUCACUGAGGCUGAGGUCCGUCGGACUGGAGUGCAAAGCAACCUGGUUGCACUGCACCUCCAGGAGAAUGGACUGACCAUGAUCCGCCCGACUGCGGACCCGCCAAUGGCGAAUGCUUCUGCAACUGGACCUGCGGCGAUUGAUGCUGCUCUUGGCAUCACUGUCAGGAAUGGCGCUGAGGAGCCUGCGUCUGCUCGGGCAGCGGACGCAGCACCUGCAGCGAAUGAAUCGGUGCCGGGUGCUCCUGUGCCGAGUGAGCCGAAUGCUGCCGUGAAUGCGGUGCCUUGGGAGGCCCGCCACCUAGUGGAUGAGACAAUGGUGCAGCACAGGCUCAGCAGGCGUGGUCCUGUGACUGUGGAAAUGUCUGCCGCUCUGACUGCGAUGGACUCUGGAGUUGAGCUCGCCCGAGUGUGGAAUGAGCUUGACAGCUACAUCACCACUGUCGUGGAGAAUGAGAGUGAGAAUGACGAGCCACUUGUGUUCGUGGUGUUCCGCCGAAAUAGGAGUACCGCAAUGAGGCACUGGGUUGCUGGAGGAACUGGCGGCAAUGCCCGAAUGAAACUGGCGAGUUAUUUUAAUCGCCAAUUCACUGACCAUAUCAGCACCUUUGAAUGGGAUGGAAAUGGUCAUGGUCCCAAUGACUGGAGAUGGACAAUCAAUGGAGGCACUGUCCCACGCGACCCCAAACUGCUGCUGUCCUUGAAUGAGAUCAUCGAGUGGGGAAUGCUUGCCACCAACCGCGGCGACUCCCUGCUGGAAUGGAGGCUGACGGGGCGCACAAUGGUGCCACUGUGCCAAAGCAUCGGCACAGGAUUGGAGCACGAUUGUUCCACAUGGGAUGAGAUCUGCGAGAAUGAGGAGCAUGUGGCAGCCACUGCUUGGAAUGCUUGCAAGGGCAAGGCGAAUGAGCAGGCCGUUGGGAAUGCCCGCGAACAAACUGCGAAUGCCCUCGAGCCCAGCUCCGAGAUUGUCCUGCGCAAGAACGCGAAGGGCACUGUGAAAUGA